AUGGCAGCCGUCUCGUCGACCUUCAAAGCCGCUGCCGCGGGCAUUGCGGCAGAGACGCGGCUAGCGGCACCCGUAGCGUCCAGUGCGCGCACGGUCGGCCUGCCCAAGUCCUCCUUCUCUGGCAACUCGCUCAAGGCCACCACCUCCUCCCCUCAACAUGCCGCCAGGUCCUCGCGCCGCUCGCGCGCGACACCCCGCGCACAGGGGAACAUAGAGGGCAAGCCGACGGUGCUGGUGGCGGAGAAGCUGGGCAGCGCGGGGAUCGACCUGCUGAAGAAGAUCGCGAACGUGGACUGCUCGUACAACCUCACGCCCGAGGAGCUGUGCGCCAAGAUCUCGCUGUGCGACGCGCUCAUCGUGCGCAGCGGCACCAAGGUGACCCGCGAGGUGUUCGAGGCGUCGAACGGGCGGCUCAAGGUGGUGGGGCGCGCGGGCGUGGGCAUCGACAACGUGGACCUGCACGCCGCCACGGAGGCGGGCUGCCUCGUCGUCAACGCGCCCACCGCCAACACCGUCGCUGCGGCGGAGCACGGCAUCGCGCUGCUCACCGCCAUGUCGCGCAACAUCGCGCAGGCCGACGCGUCCAUGAAGCGAGGCGAGUGGAAGCGCAGCAAGUACAUCGGCACGUCGCUGGUGGACAAGACGCUGGCCGUGCUGGGCUUCGGCAAGGUGGGCUCGGAGGUGGCGCGCCGGGCCAAGGGGCUGGGCAUGCACGUGAUCGCGCACGACCCGUACGCGCCGGCGGACAGGGCGCUCGCGAUGGGCGUGGACCUGGUGUCGCUGGACGACGCGCUGCAGCGCGCGGACUUCAUCUCGCUGCACAUGCCGCUCACGCCCGCCACGGACAAGCUGCUCAACGACGACGCCUUCGCCAAGGCCAAGCGCGGCGUGCGCAUCGUCAACGUCGCGCGCGGCGGGGUCAUCGAUGAGGACGCGCUCGUGCGCGCGCUCGACAACGGCCAGGUGGCGCAGGCGGCGCUGGACGUGUUCACGGAGGAGCCCCCCGCGGCGGACAGCGCGCUCGUGCUGCACCCCAACGUCAUCGUCACACCACACCUGGGCGCCAGCACCACCGAGGCGCAGGAGGGCGUGGCGGUGGAGAUCGCGGAGGCCGUGGUGGGCGCGCUGAUGGGCGAGCUGGCGUCCACCGCCGUCAACGCGCCCAUGGUGCCCGCCGAGGUGCGGGGGGGGGGGAGAACUGGGCAUGGGGGAUGGGCCGAGGCGGAUGGGUUGAGGGGGAGCUCGUUCAGUACCACCACGCCCUCCAACAACUCGCUCAACUCCCCUCUCAACCCACACCCCCCCUCCGUCAUUCCUCCCCCCCCCUCUUGGCUGCCCUGCCUGCCGGGGGAGCAGGUGCUGGUGGAGCUGGCGCCGUACGUGAAGCUGGCGGAGAAGCUGGGGCGGCUGGCGGUGCAGCUGGUGAGUGGCGGCGCGGGCGUGAAGGACGUGAAGGUGACGUACCGCACAGGGCGCAGCAGUGAGGACCUGGACACGCGGCUGCUGCGCGCCAUGAUCGCCAAGGGGCUCAUCGAGCCCAUCUCCAACGCCUUCAUCAACCUCGUGAACGCCGACUACAUCGCCAAGCAGCGCGGCAUCCGCAUCCGCGAGGAGCGCCAGCCCGUGGACGUGGACGAGUCGGUGCCCCUCGACACCAUCGUGCUCGAGAUCACCCACGUGCAGUCCAAGCUCGCGUCCGCCGUGAGCGAGGAGGGCACCAUCACGCUGGGCGGCAAGGUGAAGGACGGCGUGCCGCACCUGAUCCAGGUGGGGCGGUUCAGCACGGACAUCGAGCUGGAGGGCAGCCUGCUGCUGUGCCGCCAGGUGGACCAGCCGGGCAUGAUCGGCACCGUGGGCAUGCUGCUGGGCUCGCACGACGUCAACAUCUCCUUCAUGAGCGUCGGUCGCACGGGCCCCAGGAAGCAAGCGCUGAUGGCCAUCGGUGUGGACGAGGAGCCCAGCCGCGAGGUGCUCAGAGACAUCAACUCCAUCCCCGCCCUCGAGGAAAUGGUCUUCCUCAAGCUCUAG